ACAGGCGUGUCCCCGUUCUAUUUCAAAACCCUCACCAAACCCCAUCGCCACCUCCACCUCCACCUCCUCCGCCGCUAACCGUCAUCCAUCACCACCGCCGCUCCAUCUCGCCGCCACCUCUGCAAUCUCUUCAUCUUAACCAAACCACAAACAGGUAACAUUACACAUUACUAUUCCACCAUUUCUACUCUCUACUAUUAUCCUAUACUUCCCGUAUAACCUCAUCAACGAUUAAUAUUCAAUCUCUUCGUAAAAUACAUUCAAUUAGGUCACCUGUUUAUAUCGAUUAUACACUCAAAUCAACACGCAUCAUGCUACUCAUCCGUACAAUUAGGUUAUCAGUUUGUAUCAAUUUGGCUCAAAUAUUGUUCUAAAAGUUAGGUUAAUCAUUAGAUAUAGAAAUAGUCCUGAUAUUUUGCCCUAAUUAUACACUCAAAUCAACAACCAUUAUGCUGCUCCGCCGGACGAUCCACUCGCUCUAUCCUCACGCCACCGUACGCCACGGUUCCUCGGUGGCAAAACCGCUGUCGAAAAUACCUCACAAGUACAGAGCUAAAGCUAUACAACAAGCACAAGAAGCCCUAACCGACUACCUGCACACUGUCAAAACCGUACCGUACACAUUCGCAGAAAACAUUAGCAAAUACUCUGUUGUGUCUUUAUCCACCGUCGUGUCGAAAGUUAAGUUCUCGGCUUCGGAUUUUUCGAAAUCGUUGCAGAAGUUUCUUAGAUAUCAUCCGGUUAAUGAGUUUGAGUUGUUCUUUGAGAGCAUUGGGAUUGAUGUUAACGAGCUUGAUUUGGUUUUGCCUACGCGGAAGUUCUUUUUGUCGGAAGAUAGGAAUGCGUUUGAUGUCGCGUGUGCGCUUUACGGGUUUGGGAUUCCGUGGAACAAGUUGGGGAUAUUGUAUAAAGAAGAAAAAACAAUUUUUGAUAAGGAUCCGGAUGAGUUGGGGGCGAUUUGGAAGAGGUAUAUGGGGUAUGGGUUCACUAGUUCGUCGUUGAUUGGGGUUUGCUUGGUGUUUCCUUGUGUAUUGAACGGGGAUAGUGAAGUUGAGAACGUGGUUAGUGAUUUGAAACGGGUCGUUAUUGAUUUUAAUUUGGUUGAUGACGUGGACGGUGACGUGGAUACGUGGAUUGAUCUUUGUAGAAAGAUUAAGCUCUUUUACAAUUUGGGUUGCAAGAAAGACGGUUUAUCUGACAUGAUCGGCAGGAGUAAAACUAUAUUGGUGGAAUAUUCGGAAGACGUUAUAUCGGCAAAAGUCGAGUAUUUUCGUAAAUUUGAUGUUACCGUAGAUGAGGUCAUGUCAUUACUUCUUUCGGGAUCUAAAAUCUUCGAUUUGGAGUUAACGACUCAAGUAUUUUGCGUCGUAGGACUUUUACGACACUUCGGGAUGGAUGAAAAAUGUCUGCGUAUUAUUACCGAGAAGUACCCUUACGUGUUCGGUAAAAACCGCUUAGCUAAUCUGCCACACGUGAUGAGAGCGUUGAAUCUUAAUCAAUGGUUCUUUGAUAAUCUAAAACACGGUGGUUAUCGUUUAUUAAAAAGUUACCCUGUUAUCAAUCCCGAUGAAGAUUACGAUAAAGACUUUGCGGAAAGCUUAGUGAGAAUUCAAUCAUCUCGAGUGCCAGCUCACACUCUAAGUAAGUUACAGUUCUUGCACAGUAUCGGGUUCGGAGAAAACGCGUCGACUAUUAAAGUGUUAAAACACAUGCACGGGACAAGUUGUCAGUUAAGUAACCGUUUCUAUUGCUUGGUUCGUAACGGAGUUGAGUUUUCAAAGCUUUGUAAAAUAAUUAGUUUGUCACCGAAAAUUUUAAAUCAACAAACUAAAAUUCUUGAAAAGAAACUAGAGUUUCUUCGCGACGAAAUUGAGUUUUCGUUGGAUUAUCUUGAUGUUUUCCCGGCUUAUUUGUGCUUUGAUUUGGAGAAAAGAAUAAAGCCGAGAUGUAGAUUUCAUACGUGGCUUAUGGAGACCGGUUUGUGUGAGAAAGAAUAUUCCCUUGCUAGUAUUAUUGCCACUAGUGAAAGAAGCUUUAUUGCUCGAAUUUAUAGGAUUCAUCCUGCUGCUCCAAAAAAAUAUCUUGAAAUAUUUCUGAGCCAAGGUUAUGAUGGUCUUUGAGAAACUGGUUAUUGUGGUGAGUUAUGGUUUUGUCAGCACAGAGAGAUUGUCAUAGUGGCGGAUUCAAGUUUUUUGACCAAGGGUAUCUUGUACAUAUCUUGCCUUGUAUGUCCGAUCGAAGGCUUCCAUGAAUUUGGAUUGGAGGAAAGAAAGUCAAUCACUUAGGUAGAUACCUGUCGGUGACACAUAAUAUAUACUCUAUGCUUCACGCCUGCACUCAAUAUGAGUGUACGGAGCUGUUUUGGACAAACGUUGGAAUCUUCAAACGGGCAUGAAGACUGGCAUAUUGUGCUUUUUUUGCUCUAUGGGGUCCAAGAUAUGAAGCAGCCAUGGCGUCAGCAAAUCAACAUGUCUAGGAUAUGCAUGUAGGUACCUUAUCGCUAUAUGUCGCCAUUCGCUAUUAACAACUAUGGUCAUGCUAUGGCUGAAGAGUACUCAGCCCUAAUCAGGAAUGGAACUUGGUCCUUAGUUCCUCGUGCUUCCAACGCCAAUAUUGUUGCUUGCAAAUGGGUGUACAAAUUAAAACGUGACCAAACUGGAGCCAUUAAGCUUACAAAGCGCGUCUUGUUGCCAAGGGAUUUCACCAACAGACGUUUAGUCCGGUUGUGAAAUCCACCACGAUACGGGUCGUUCUUUCACUUGCUGUCACCGGACAAAUGGCCACUUAGACAGUUAGAUGUGCAAAAUGUGUUUCUUCAUGGUGAUCUCAAAGAAACAGUUUACUAGUUGCAGCAACCACCUGGAUUUGUUGAUCCACACAAACCGGAUCAUGUAUGCCUUCUUCAUAAAUCCUUAUACGGGAUCAAGCAGGCCCCAAGGGCAUGGUUUCACCGCCUCUUCACAACUUUAAAUGGCCUCGUUUCCAAAGGUCCAAAACUGACCCAUCUCUAUUUAUUUACUCGGCACGGGGCACACUCUAAUAUAUGCUGGUCUAUGUCGAUGACAUUAUUCUGACAUGGAACAACUUACAGCCAUUGAUCAUGUUGUGCACAGCCUUAGCAAGUCUUUUGCUGUUCAAGAUAUGGGCCCUCUUUCUUAAUUUUUGGUAUUGAAAUCAGCCCCAAAAGUGCUGACAUGCUUUUUUCUCAAAAGAAGUACAUUCUGGAACUUCUUGAUCGAGCGGGCCUCUCUAAUGCCAAACGUGUGCUUUCUCCCAUCACUACUACUGCUACCUUGGCUCUUGGUGAUAGUCUUUUUGAUAAUCCGGUUAAAUACCGGCAGGUAGUUGGGGCCUAUGUAGCACGGGAAGGCGUACAAGACUGGGGUACGGGGACGAUACGGGUACGUGGAACGACAAAACUCAAAAAUCCAAGAUACGGGUACGGAAAAGAUUGAAACGAGGCGAACGGUACAGCGGGCUGGUGAAAACACACUUAUUUGUGUCAAAAAUCGGGUUUUUUUUGCAUUCGAUCAUGAGGACUCUUCGGUUCUUGAUGUCCAACAAGCACCUAUUAGCUGUUUUAAUGGCUUUUUACUCAUGUUUUCUGAGCUCAGCAAUGCAAUGAAAAUGGGCACCCUUUCCAAAUCAGGUUGAUAUUAUUCGAAUCCGCUUACAAUGGUGGUGUAUACUGGUAGGGUCUGAUUGUAGGAGUUUUUUUUCUUGAAUUUGAAUAUAAAUGUAAUAAGUUUAUGAGUAAAUUGCCAAAAUCGUCCCUGAGGUUUGGGCAUCUUUGCCAUUUUCAUCCAAAACAACAUUUUUGAACCAUAUAGUCCACAUUUGGGAUUUUUUGGCAUUUUCAUCCAAACGGCCGACUUUUUUUUUUUUUUUUGGCAAAAUCAUCCUUGAGAUUUGUGAUUUUUUGCCAUUUUCAUCCAAAUGUUUGAUAGAAAAAAUAAAGCAAAUUAGACGUUUGGAUGAAAAUGACAAAAAAUCCCAAAAGUGAAGAACUAUAUUGUACAAAAAAGUUGUUUUGGAUGAAAAUGACAAAUGUACCCAAACCUUAGGGACACUUUUGGCAAUUUACUCUAAAUAUAUAAUGCAAAAUUUUAAUAUUAUGAUUUUUGUAGUAGAUUUUUUUUUGGUAAUUCUGACUUUAGGCUGGUUUUUAAGGAAAAUUCAUAUGUCAAAAUUGAUGAAUGCGUAUCUGAUAUUGUAUAGUUGAAUA